AAAUAAAUUCACUUUAUCAAUUAAUGUACACAUUUAAGUAUUUAACACCAUAUUCUUAAUAAAGUAAAUUUAAGCUAUACACAGACAAUAAAAACAAAAAAGGUAAUGGAGGGAGUAAGUCACUAUUUCUUCUGCCUCUCUUUGGAGACUGUGAUUCUCUCUCUCUAUCUAUACCUAAACCCAUGAUGAUGAUCAUCAUUCAAAUAUUAUUACUACUAUUUUAGAUUUUAGAUUUUUGAUUGAAAUUUCCAUAGAUUUCCUCUGCUCCCCCCACAAAAUAGAAACCCAGAAAAAAAUCAAGUAGUAAAUUUAGAUCAUGUCUAGUUGAAUUUACUACAUUAACAAACAUUUUAAUAAGCCAAAAAUGAAAAGAAAAAUCCCACUAACCUUAAAUACAAAAUGUAGUUAAUUUAGAUCGAUCUUAUAGUAUCCUUUGUUUUGAAAUUAUAAUUAGAUGAAAUAAAGGCGUGACAUAAGCAGUUAGUUAUAUAGAAUGGUGGAAUUUGAGUAGUAGGUAGUAUAAGGUUGGUGGUGCAAAGUUAGAUUAAAAUUGUGUUACGUUUGUGGGUGUGGAGGAUGAGAUCCUCAAGUGGAGGGAGUAGUAGUACGAACACUACAAGUUGCCAAGAUUGUGGUAACAAAGCAAAGAGAGAUUGUGAACAUACGAGGUGCAGGACUUGCUGUAAGAGUAGAAGUUUUCAAUGUGCUACUCAUGUUAAAAGCACUUGGGUUCCUGUUGCUCGAAGGCGCGCGCGUCAAAGACAACACCACCAACAACAUCCACAACUCCGCCUUUCCGCCACUUCUUUGGAUCACUUCAAUCAAUAUCUCCCUCUUCCUCUUUCUCUUUCAAACAUUCAUCAUCACACCCCUACUUCUGCUGGGCUAGAAGGGGGGAAUUUUCCGGCAGAAGUGAAUUCUUCGGCGACAUUCCGGUGCAUUCGGGUGAGCUCAGAAGAUAAUGUGGUGGAUCAAUAUGCUUAUCAAACCUCAAUUUCAGUAGGAGGGCAUGUUUUCAAAGGAGUUCUCUAUGAUCAAGGUCCCACCACCGCAUUAGUGACCACCACUAGUGACCACCACCCCUUCAAUAUAUCAGCUUCAACCGUCACCGUAGCGGCCACACAUCCAGGUGGAGGUGGUGAAAAUUUAUACCACCCUCCAUCCCUAUAUUCUGGUCCUAGCUUCAAUGCUUUCUUGCCUGGUAUGCAGUUCUUCCCCCAUCCAAGGCCUUAAUUGAUUAAACUAGUGUAAUUAAUUAAAAUUGAAUUAGUCAGUCUUUCUUUUAAUUGAUUUUUCUUCUUUUACCAAAUAAUAAUAAUAAUAAUAAUUAAAAUUUAUUAUCAUAAUUAUAAUAUUAUGUUUUAUUAUGA